GGUCGCAUAAUCAAUUUGUGGUUCAUAUAUAGUGCAGUGGGGUGGUUUGUUGCGGUACUACAAUGUUCAGCUCGAAGCAGUCGGUUGUGUUGGCGGUUGCGGCGGUGCUCUUCGGGUGCGCGUGCGCAGCGCCCAAUCCUGGCGCCAACGACAUACAACUUAAUCAAAAAUUAAGUAUCGAAGCUAAGGGGGCAAAGCAGCCAAUUGAUACGAGGGCAGUCAACGAACGGUAUCCAUACGCAGUUCGGAGUUUCGGAGGCUUCUGCGGAGGAACCAUUAUCAGUCCCACCUGGAUCCUGACCGCCGGCCACUGCUCGAUACUCUAUGCGGGGAGCGGCCUACCGGCCGGCACCAACAUUACCGAGGUAUCUAGCUUGUACCGCUUCCCCAAGCGGCUCGUCAUACACCCGCUCUUCUCCAUAGGACCCUUCUGGCUCAACGCUACGGAGUUCAACUUCAAACAGGUGGCUGCACGAUGGGACUUCUUGUUGAUAGAACUGGAGGAACCGCUGCCGUUGGACGGCAAGAUCCUGGCGGCUGCGAAGCUCGACGACCAGCCCGACCUCCCCGCAGGCCUCGACGUGGGCUAUCCGAGCUACAGCACCGACACCUACGCGGUCACGACACUAAGUGAGCUGCACGGAAAGGACCUUUCGGUUCAAUCUAACGAGGUGUGCUCGAAGCUAGACCAGUUCAAGGCGGAGGACAUGUUGUGCGCCAAGGGACGUCCACCGCGAUACGACUUCGCCUGCAUCGGCGACAAUGGCAGUGGGUUAGUAGACAACAAUGGUCGCCUGGUCGGCGUGAUGUCGUGGGCCGAGAACGACGCUUUCGAGUGCCGCAACGGCAACCUGGUGGUCUUCUCGCGAGUGUCCAGCGUACGCGAGUGGAUCCGACAAGUCACCAACAUAUAAUAGACCAUACCGUUGUCAAUUUGGACUGUAGUGUAUAGAUAAUAAAUAUAGAUGCGCGUACUGGUGUGACGUACGGAAGUGGAGAGUUGGGUGCGACAGCUCACCGCUCACUCCACUCCCGGCCGCCGCGCGAGUAGCAGUGUCAGUGAUUGCA